AUGGGCUCAAACUUGGAUGCCGGUAAAAUAUCACCCGAAAUUGAAAAGGGAAAAAAUUCAGUCGAACCAGAGGUUUUGAUUAGAAAAAGUGAUAAUCAGGAAAUCGAUAAUUUUUUAAAAGACUCAUUGAGGAGAAGAGAAUAUUCUGGCCUAAAUUUUUGGGAAUGGAUACCAUAUGAGGAAUUUUCAAACAUUCAGGAAAUUGGACAAGGGGGUUUUGGUCAAGUUUAUAAGGCAACAUGGAAUGAAGGGAAAAUUUACACGCCGUCAUAUGAAAUUGGAAAAAUAUCCCGAACACCACUGACAAUGGUAGCAUUGAAAGUUCUUGAUAAAUCAAGUAACGUGAAUUCAGAGCUUUUAGAAGAGGAAACGCCCGAGUGUUGGAAAAAUUUAAUGAAACGAUGUUGGGAGUUAGAUCCUUCAGACCGACCCGAAAUUGAAGAAAUCAUGAAAAUGUCUGAAGAAACAAAAAUAUAUAGUCAACAAUUCAUGGAAGCCGAAGAAAGCCGUCAAAAAACAAUCCAUUAUGGCACAUUGCUCACAAAAGAACAUGAGUCAAUUGACCCGAAUUCAAUAUAUUGCAGCAGAUUAUUGAAUCCUGUAAUAGAGGCGGCAAGAUCUAUUUUGGGUUUAGGGAUUCCUGUUAUUACACGACCUUUGGUUGUAGAAGUUGACAAAAUUCAGCAUGGUUCGUUAACAAAAUUGGAAUCAAAAGAGAUUUGUUCGGAUUGCCAUAAGAAGGGAAAAUUAGCAAACGCAGCAUGCGAAUUUUGCUAUUUCAGAAAAUUCAAUCUUAAAAUGAGUGGAAAUAAGGAUAUCGAUGAUUUUCUCAGGGAAUUAAUGGGAAAAGAUAGACCUAAUUUGGAGUGGAUACCGUACGAAGAAUUUUCAAGCAUAGAAAAAAAUCGGUCAAGGCGAUUUGAGUCAAGUUUUUAG